GCGGCCAUCACCGAGCAGCACCUGGUCUUCGCGGCAGCUGUAGAGGAGGCUGCGCAGGCUCACACGGCAGAGGCACCGUGCACUGGCGAGGCAGAAAGGGUCCUUUCGGACGGGCCAGUCAUCGCGGAGGUGCCGGAAGAAACGAGGCAGGGAAUCACAGCGAAGGAGAAGGAGCCCUCGCCACAGGAAGAUCUGGACACGAGCCUGGUGGAGAGCAUUGAAAAGCUGCUCCGCUGGUCUCAGGCACAGCCCUGCCGAGCAGACACCUUUGCUGUCUACACGGCUGCCUUGUGGCCUGCUGUGUCCACUGCGGAUAGCACAGCCGGGCGGCUGCCCUCGCGCAUGGUUCGCCUGGCCUUGGAGACUUUGGGCACCGCCUCGGUGAGCGCCCGAAGCUGCCAGAAGGCCCCGGCAGCUCCUGGCGUCUGGCGCCUGGUGGCCGCACUCUGCGAGGCAGGGCAGUGGCCCGAGGCCAACUGGCCCACGGUGCUCCAGGCCGUCGCAACAUCCAGCAAGUGGCUCCUGAACGCCCACGAGGAUAGCACCUUCGCCGUGUCGGACGCGUUCGUGGAUGAUGCUUGCGCCGCGGCCGCCGCGCUGCUCCCCUUUGCUCCGCGGUCCUUGGCUCCCAAACUGGUGCCUUUGCUCUCGGCUCCCGACUCGCAGCUGCGCGCGGCCGCGGGCCGGAGGCUGCAAGGGCACUGCUGGGUGCCUGGAGAUCUCGGAGCCGGGGAACAGAACCAGGAGCUGAGAUCG